UCAGCGGAAGAGUGCCGUGGUGCCGAGAGGGCGGUUGGAGCUGCUGUGGUGGGGGGGGGUGCUUCGCUUCCUGUCAUCGUCUCGGCCGUUGUCGCGUCGCACCAUGGGUGCCCGUGCGGGGUGAGCCCCGCCGUGACCGAAAAAAUGAGUGGUGGGUUGGCACCAAGCAAAAGCACGGUGUAUGUGUCCAAUUUACCCUUUGCUUUGACAAACAACGAUCUCUACAGGAUAUUUUCAAAGUAUGGGAAAGUUGUCAAAGUUACUAUUAUGAAAGAGAAAGACACCAGGAAGAGUAAAGGAGUUGCCUUUAUUUUGUUUUUGGAUAAAGAAUCUGCACAGAACUGUUCUCGGGCACUUAAUAACAAACAGUUGUUUGGAAGAGUAAUAAAAGCAAGUAUCGCCAUUGAUAAUGGAAGAGCAGCAGAAUUCAUUCGCAGGCGUAACUACUUUGAUAAGUCUAAAUGUUACGAAUGUGGGGAAGCAGGACACUUAAGUUAUGCGUGUCCUAAAAAUAUGCUAGGAGAGCGGGAGCCACCAAAAAAAAAAGAAAAGAAGAAAAGAAAGAAGAUAGUUGAGCCAGAAGAAGUUGAGGAGGAGGAAGAAAGCGAAGAGGAAGGAGAAGACCCUGCUCUAGAUAGUCUCAGCCAAGCCAUAGCUUUUCAGCAAGCCAAAAUUGAGGAAGAACAGCAAAGAUGGGUGCAGACUGCAGGGGAGUCUUCAAUUUCAGAUGAAUCAAAACGUCCACGGAUUAAGAAAAGUGCUUAUUUCAGUGAUGAGGAAGAACUUAGUGACUGAAAUAAUGCUGGUUUAUAUGCGUAUGUAAUAUAUAUAUAUAGUGUACAUUUUGUAAAGCGCUCUGUAAUACAGACUUGUCUUGGUGUUGAAGGAAUUUACUGAACCCUGUCCCCCAAACCUCCUGUCUUUUAAUCUCUCACUUUUUCCAAACUUCACCUUUCAAGGCAGCCUCUUAAGAAAAUUAUGUGUUUCUACAGUUAAAACCAGAAAAAUAUCUGGGAGAAUGAUUUUUGCAGUUAGCAUCUAGACUCAACCCCUGCAAGUGCAGUCUUUCAUAAGAGGAUUUCCUAAGAUUUUUUUUCCCUAAGAUGAGUGUCUCUUAGCAUCACUGUUAUCACCACCACUGAAUCUUUAGGUAUUGGUCUGUUUAUUGUAUGUUUGGAAGCAGUCGUUUAGUAGCAUAUGAAUCUUGUUCCUGGGCACAGGGUUGAUUUUCAGCCUUAAGCAUUGUACUAGUCUUUUAACUCUUUAUGCAGUAAUAUAAUAAAUUAAUGUCACAUCGGUUCA